UAAGAGCAGUCACGUCACGGUGAGUGUGUGUAUGUGCGCGUGUGUGUGUUGAUUGUUCGUGUUGUUCAAGUGUUAGCCGGACUGGGGGAGUAAGGACGGACAGACCGUGUUGCAGAUCCCAGGAAGUUCUGUCUCCGCUUCGCUGAGCGACUCGAUUCUGCUCCGGAACCGGACCUGCAGGAUGACCCAGCGGGGCCCGGCCGAGUUUACCCCACCGCCCGAGUGUCCGGUGUUCGAGCCCAGUUGGGAGGAAUUUGCAGACCCGUUUGCGUUUAUCAAUAAAAUCCGACCCAUCGCCGAGAAAACCGGGAUCUGCAAGGUUCGACCGCCGCCGGAUUGGCAGCCUCCAUUUGCAUGUGACGUUGACAAACUUCAUUUUACUCCACGAAUCCAGAGACUCAACGAGCUUGAGGCUCAAACAAGAGUUAAACUCAACUUCUUGGACCAGAUUGCCAAGUUUUGGGAGCUACAAGGAUGCACACUCAAAAUUCCCCAUGUAGAGCGGAAAAUCCUCGAUCUAUACCAGCUCAACAAAUUGGUUGCAGAGGAGGGUGGGUUCGAUUUAGUUUGUGGAGAUAGGAGAUGGACGAAGAUUGCCAUGACAAUGGGGUUUGCCCCAGGCAAGGCCGUGGGGUCCCACCUGAGAGCCCAUUACGAGAGGAUCCUGUAUCCGUACAAUCUCUUCCAUUCUGGGACAAACCUCCUGGCUCUUGACCUUGCAGCCAAACUGACAAGUUUUGUGGCACCUCCUGGGCUGGAGGAGUGUCUGCAAAAGGCAUCAGUGGAUGAUGUAAAUGAUGAAGAUAAAGAGUAUAAACCACAUGACCUGCUGCAGAGACAACACAUUCACGUUCAGCCCAGCGACACGAGCGCACCAGCUAGACGAGCCAAGCGCAUGAAAACUGAGUCUGGCUGUGUCAAGUCAGAGGGAGGUGAGGGAUGUGAGAACAAGCCCAAUCUCAGGAGAAGAAUGGGUUCAUUCGUUGCCAAGCCUGAACCAGAGCGAGAAGUCCCUAUACAGGUGAAGCAGGAACCUGUGGAGAUAAAAGAGAUCAAUCCUGAACCAGAGAAAAGCAAAUCACGUUACAAGAAAAACAUCCCCCCUCCUCCAGUCAGCAUGGUGGACCUGUAUGUCUGUUUAGUGUGUGGAAAGGGGAACGAUGAGGAGCGGUUGUUGUUAUGCGAUGGUUGUGAUGACAGCUACCACACCUUCUGCUUGAUCCCGCCUCUCGGUGAUGUUCCUAAAGGUGAUUGGAGGUGCCCUAAGUGUCUGGCUCAGGAGUGCAGUAAACCUCAGGAGGCAUUUGGCUUUGAGCAAGCUUGCAGGGACUAUUCUCUAAAAUCUUUUGGGGAAAUGGCAGACUCUUUCAAGUCGGACUAUUUCAACAUGCCUGUUCAUAUGGUUCCCACUGAAUUGGUAGAAAAAGAGUUUUGGAGGUUGGUCGGGACCAUUGAGGAGGAUGUAACCGUGGAAUAUGGUGCUGACAUCGCUUCAAAAGAGUUUGGAAGUGGUUUUCCAAUCAAGGGUGGAAAGUUUAGAGUUGCUCCGCAUGAUGAGAAAUACCUGCGCUGUGGUUGGAACCUGAAUAACAUGGCCAUGAUGACACCAUCGGUGCUGACUCACGUCACUGCUGAUAUAUGUGGUAUGACUUUGCCAUGGCUGUACGUGGGCAUGUGCUUCUCCUCUUUCUGCUGGCACAUUGAGGACCACUGGAGCUAUUCCAUCAACUACCUGCACUGGGGAGAGCCUAAGACCUGGUAUGGUGCUCCUGGUUUUGCUGCUGAGCAGUUGGAAGCAGUCAUGAAGAAACUGGCCCCAGAACUGUUUGAGUCUCAGCCAGACCUUCUACACCAGCUUGUCACAAUCAUGAACCCCAAUACACUCAUGGCCCAUGGAGUACCAAUUUACAGAACCAAUCAGUGCGCAGGAGAAUUCGUCAUCACUUUCCCACGGUCCUAUCACAGCGGCUUCAACCAGGGUUUCAACUUUGCAGAGGCUGUGAACUUUUGCACAGUGGACUGGAUGCCACUGGGGCGUCAAUGUGUGGAUCACUACCGCCUGCUUCACCGUUACUGUGUGUUCUCUCAUGAUGAGAUGGUGUGUAAUAUGGCCAUGAAAGCCAACAGCCUGGAUGUGGUUCUGGCGUCAUCCGUACAGAAAGACAUGCAGAUCAUGAUCAAAGAGGAGAGAGAGCUGCGGGAUAAAGUCCGUAAGAUGGGGGUGGUUCAUUGUGAAUUGUUUGAAUACAACCUGCUGGCAGAUGAUGAGAGACAGUGCAUAAAGUGUCGCACCACCUGUUACCUGUCUGCUCUCACCUGUCCCUGCAGACCAGGAGUCCAGGUGUGUCUACACCAUGCCCACGACCUCUGCUCCUGCCCCGUUUCCAACUACACGCUCUAUUACCGUUUCACACUGGAUGACCUUUACCCCAUGAUGAAUGCUGUGCGCCAGAGGGCGGAGUCCUAUGAUGAGUGGGCGUCACGAGUGACGGAGGUCAUGGAAGCGAAGCUUGACAAGAAACGCAAUGUCACAGUGUUUCGUGACCUUCUGGAGGAGUCUGACGAGAAGUCGUUCCCAGAGAAUGAUCUGUUACGUCAGCUGAGGCUGGUUACUCAAGAUGCUGAGAAAUGCUCGUCUGUUGCUCAGCAACUGCUAAACGGCAAAAGGCAGACCAGGUACCGCACAGGCGGGGGUAAUUCUCCUAAUCAGCUCACAGUGGAGGAAAUGAGAUCAUUUGUCCGCCAGCUUUAUAACCUGCCCUGCAGUCUAACACAAGCACCGCUUCUGAAGGAGCUGCUGAACAGCAUUGAGGAUUUCCAGCAGCACAGUGAGAAGCUUCUUUCUGAUGAAGUGAGCGCAGAUUCUGUUAGCGAGAUUGAGUCCUUGCUGGAGGAGGGCUCUCAGUUUGACGUGUGUCUUCCGGAGUUGCCGCUGCUGCGGGAGUGUCUGGAACAGGCCCGGUGGCUGGCCGCAGUUCAGCAGGCAGAGGAUCCGGUUUCAAACCCCUCCGGUCUCUCUUUGGACAGCAUGCGCCGGCUGAUCGAUCGAGGGGUUGGACUGACACCGCAUCCCUCCACCGAACGCACGAUGGCUCGCCUGCAGGAGCUGCUCACAAUCUCAGAGGAAUUGGAAGAGAAAGCACAGGCACUGCUGAAGGCCAGGCCUCCAGAGAGUUUAGAGACUCUCAGUUCUACUUUGACUCAGGUGGACGGGGUACCAGCAUACCUGCCAAACUGCCUGCUACUGCAAGACACCGUGAACAGGGCUAAAGAAUGGCUCCAGGAAGCUGAGGAUUUACAGGUCGGAGGUCAGAUUCCGGUUCUCAGCUCACUCUCUGAUAUGGUUCUGAGAGCUCAUGCAAUUCCUGUGCGACUGGAGCCUCUGGACCAGCUGGAGGUUCUGGUAUCAGAGGUGCAGGCCUGGAAAGAGUCGGCUGCUAAAACCUUUCUCGUCAAAAACUCUCCUUUCACGCUGUUGGAGGUCUUGUGUCCACGAUGGGAAGUGGGCAGCUCUUUAAAGAAGAAGAUGAGGAAGAUGAAGGGAGAGUGUGUGUCAUCAGGGAAGAAAAAGCUUGUGAAGCUGGACUGCAUGAGCGAUGUUGAAAGAGCACUUUCAGACAGCAAAGACUCUGCGUCUGCCAUGUUUACUCUGGCUGAGGUUCGUUUAAAAGAGCUGGAGUCACUAUGCUCUCUUCGUGCAGCUAAUGAAUCGAAGCUCCUGCCUACAGCAGACUGCACUGCUCUCAAAGUGUGUGUGUGUCAGAAACCACCCAUGGGCGCCAUGCUGCAGUGCGAGCUGUGUCGAGAUGCUUUCCACAGCGUUUGUGUACGUGGACCCUCCGAUCCCCUUGACCCUGAGGCUUGGCUGUGUCCGUUAUGUCUACGGUCGACAAAGCCCCCGCUGGCCAAGAUCCAGACACUGCUGUCCUCGCUGCAGCGGAUCCGUCUGCGUCUCCCAGAGGGUGACGCUCUUCGUUAUAUGAUUGAACGCACUGUAAGCUGGCAGCGACGGGCACGAGAGGUCAUAGACUCAUACAAUCACUCUCCAACCUCUCAGGAUUGUAGAGGAGCUUCACCUACACCAAACCACAGGACAACUGGCCACAAAAGGAAGCCACUGUGUGGAUCUCCAUCUCAGUGUCAGGACUGGGGUGUUUCUGGCCAAGAACAGUCUGUGUUUUACACAGAACAGCGUUGUAUUCCUCUCCAGGGUCUCAGUUCAGAGGUGGAGGAACUGAUGGUGGAGGGUUUGCUUCUACAGGUUUCUGUCCCCGAGACCCAGCAGCUCUACAGACUUCUGCUGUCUGGCCCCCCGACCACAAACACGUCCCACACAGAACACGCACCCUACCUCACACCAAAACACUCCUCACCGCAAAGAGAGGGAGAUGCAAUCACUUCAGCAGAAAAGAAAGCUAAGCGGCGAAUGAACAGAGAAGAGGCCGAGAUCAGAGAUAGAGGGAUAAAUCCAAAAAGCAAGAAGCAGAGGAUGGGUACAGAGAAGCGGCGAGAGAGGAAAGCAGCGUCCAUAUCUGCAUCAGAUGUGUCUCAGUCAGAAGACUCUGAAGAGGAUAUGACCCAGUGUCCAGCAGAGAACUGUCUCCAGCCGGAGGGGGAAGAGGUGUACUGGGUUCAGUGUGACUGCUGUAACCGCUGGUUCCAUAUGAUAUGUGUGGGUGUAUCAGCUGAACUCGCAGCCGAGGAGGAUUACAUGUGCGUGACCUGCAGCACAACCAACGCAGGUCGACGGAAGUGAGUCGGACGAGGGAGGCAACCGCUCUCCCACCCUAUCCUCCUCUAUCCCUUCUCCUGGAUGUGUAACUCACCCUCCCCGUUCCUUAACCUGUGACCUCUGACCUUUGUAACAACGGUGCUAUUUUACUCUUUGUUGGACUCUGUUGUCCUGAAUGAUACUAUUUGGUCACUUUUUUUGUAUUUUUACAGCUUUUUUCCUUCUGUCGAACUGUUUGUGAUUGUCUAAAACAAUGAUAAAUAUGCUAAAUGCUGAAUGAAUAUAGCGGUGCAUGGGUUUCUGUUUGUGUUGCUUUCUGGCGUGGAGGAGGGACGCUCUUGUGAAUCGCAGCGAGGCUCGUCUUUUCUGCAUGCACUGCCAGAAACGGCACAACACAGGACAAAUGAACAGUUUUCACCAAAUACAAUAAAUAAUAAAUACAGAGAAAUUAUUUUUGGGAAACUUUGUUGUUUCAGUACACAGCCAUCUGGGAUUCUCUCCGUUCUGACGUUUUAUUUCUUUUUGUAGAUUAGUUUUAUUUAUCGGAGCAAUAAUGUUGUUUGUAAGUUUCGGGAGGUUUUGGCUGUCUCAGUUGUGCUGAUGCUUUUAGAGAUGGUGGUCAGAUAUUCAGGACAUGUAACGGAUACACACGUCAGAAUUGUAGCAGAGAGAAGAGUGUAAUGAACUGCCACAAAACCUGCUCAAGCCGUUUUGAAGGGUGAGGGUGGGGGUGUUAGGGUUUGGGGGUUUGACUAGCUUGUUAAAAAAAAUGUCCCAAUUUAUAGUGUGGAAUAAAACUCUUUGUUCUAAUAUCAGA